AUAACUUCCUCGGUAAAUACUGUAAACAAAUCAAGAAUAAUUUUUGGUUGCGACAUAUCCUGAACAGUGGCCUAGCUACUUUAAGUUUGGAAAUUACGUUAACGGCACACAUUUUUGGCGUAAGCUCAAAGCGUCAGAAGAGACAAGAAGGAGGGAAGCGUAAGAAAAAAAGCGCAGCGUGUCACACGUUUGUUUAGUUGAAUGCUCGCGACUAGUGAAAGCGGGGUAGCUACACAGCCGUAGAUAUAGACACUUUCUCAUGCCUUUGAGUUGACCACGCUUCUCUUCUGGUGACAAUACUGCAACUGCGUUUGUCUUGAAGAAAUCAUUAAUAUUUAGGUGAGUCCAUUCUCGUAGUUACGCAUUUCGAAUGGCGCGAGCGCACAAGAACCCGUUCUGUUUUGAAACGCGCAUCUCUAAAUCGCUGCAAAGUCCUUUUACAGUCCUGCGGUGAUAUUCUUUGAAAAUCGAAAUGUUUGCUCGAAUAUGUAAGUGCGGUAAAUCAGACAUGGUGAAGCAGACCAAGGCCAAAACCUUCCAGGCCUAUCUGGACUCCUGUCACCGGCGCUACAGCUGUGUCCACUGCCGUGCGCACCUGGCCAAUCACGAUGACCUCAUUUCUAAGUCCUUUCAAGGCAGUCAAGGACGUGCAUACCUGUUCAAUUCUGUGGUGAAUGUAGGUUGUGGCCCGGCAGAAGAAAGGCUGCUACUGACUGGUCUUCAUGCGGUGGCUGAUAUUUACUGUGAGAAUUGCCACACCACGCUGGGUUGGAAAUAUGAACAGGCAUUCGAGUUAAGUCAGAAGUACAAGGAGGGGAAGUUUAUUAUUGAAUUAUCUCACAUGAUUAAAGAUAAUGGCUGGGACUAAAGCCUUUAGUCUUUGCUAUAACUUGCUGUCACCACCUGCAGCUUCUCCAAGAACAGCAUAAGAAAUGCUUCCUUUUACAUCAAUCUCCAUCUACGUUACUAUUGUGUACACCUUUCCCCACACGGAUAUCCCAACGCACCAGUUUUUCAGAGGCGGUGGGAUGUCUGGCCUGUGCAUAUGUGUUUGGGGGUGUUCUUUUAUGCUUGUGUGUAAGGGAUGCUUUGGUGUGCCUGAAGCUGUGCCUGAAUUCUCAUCAACCACUUCAAUCCUGAUACAAAGAAUGAUUUAAUUUUGUUGGGAUUUUGACUUAAGCCCUCAAAUUCUCCUGAUUUAAGUGCAAUUUAGAAUUUUUUUUUGACAAUUUGAUCAUAAUGUUAAGAUCCAAUGCAUUUUUAUUCAGUUAAUUUUUACUUUAAACAACGAGGUGUUUGUGAACGAGGUAGUGCGAGUUAGAAAAAUUAGGGCGAAAUUUUACCGUUUGUAAAUGAUGUGCCUUUUAUUGUGUUUGAGAACUUUGCUUAGAGAGGAUUAUGUGCAAUAUGAGUGAGUGUGUGUUUGCAUGGAACGGAGAAUUAUUCAUGUCUCCAAAUUCAGUUUUUUUUUUUUUUGUUUUUUUUUUGUUAAAUUCGUCUUUUAAAUUA